UCUGGGUCAGAGACAGAAGGAGAGAAACACACUGCUGCUACAGACUGCCAACACUUUAUUUAUUGCCACUUUUUAAGUGCUUCAGCUGUGGAUUUGGGAUUGGUUUUUGAUAUAUAAAUAUAGGAGUCAAAUACUUUGUGAGGAUAUUUUGUGUUUUGAGAACUUAACAGGAAUAUAAUGUCUUUUUUGCGUGUGGUUUUGAGUUUGGCUGGGUUUGUCCUGUGCGUAAACGCGGCGCAGAGCGCGUGGGAGGAGAGCUCCGUGCUGCCGGUGCGUCUGGACACACAACCGGGACACUCGAAGCAAUCCCGAGAGGAGGACUCCGAGAAACGCAUCUAUCGCUUGGAUGUCUUUGGAAAGCGGAUGGUGUUGGCGUUGGAACCGGACCAGACCUUUUUGGCGCCUGGGUUUGUGUUCCAGAUGGUGGGGAAACCGGAGACCGGUGAGUUUGACAGCGCUGGGGAGGCGCGAUGCUUCUUCUCGGGAACCGUAAACGGAGAUGAACUUUCCUCCGCGGCGAUUAAUCUGUGCAACGGGCUGCGCGGAGGCUUCUCUGUCGGCGGGGAAGAGUACUUCAUCCAGCCCGAGAACUCCACCAGAGCUACAGACCGAGACGCUCACACCAUCCGCCGCAGGACACGGGGGAUCCACGCUGAGGAGAGCGGCUCCAAGUGCGGCGUGAACGAGGAGGAGGAGCGGGUCACCGAGAAACCGUACCCAACCCAUUCCGAACCAUCCGAGUCUAAAGCACACCACAGGUCUCGUCGCUUUGUGUCCACGCCUCGAUAUCUGGAGAUCAUGAUUGUGGCAGACCAGUCAAUGGCGGAGUUUCAUGGUGCUCAACUCGAACCUUAUCUGCUGACCAUCAUGGCGGUGGCAUCUCGCCUGUAUCGACACCAUACCAUCCAUAAUUCCAUUACUCUGGCAGUUGUGAAACUACUUGUUGUGCAUGAUGAAGAACACGGUCCUCAGGUGUCCACCAAUGCUGCAAUGACCCUCAGGAGCUUCUGCCAAUGGCAAAAACAGCACAACCCACCCAGCGACCGACACCCAGAACACUACGACACUGCAGUACUGUUCACCAGAAAGGAUCUUUGUGGAGCUCACUCUUGUGACACUUUGGGGAUGGCAGAUGUGGGCACCGCAUGCGAUCCAGACCGAAGCUGUUCCAUUAUUGAAGACGAUGGUCUGCAGGCAGCCUUCACGGUUGCACAUGAGCUUGGUCACGUGUUCAACAUGCCCCAUGAUGAUGCCAAGCAAUGUGCCAGUGUUAACGGGGACCAAUGGAGUGCCCACAUGAUGGCUUCAACAUUGUCAAAUCUAAACCAGUUAGACCCCUGGUCCCCUUGCAGUGCUCUUAUGGUCACGUCAUUCCUAGACAAUGGCCAUGGUCAGUGUUUACUGGACAAGCCCCAAAAACCUAAAGAGUUGCCCCAAACUCUGCCAGGAUCGGUUUACAGUGCUGAUAGACAAUGCCGUCUUACAUUCGGAGAUGAGUCCCAGCACUGUCCUGACCUGAGCUCCACCUGUGCCGCCCUUUGGUGCACUGUCACCUCUGCAAAUGGCUUGUUGGUCUGCCAAACCAAGAACUUUCCAUGGGCCGAUGGGACGCCUUGUGGGUCUAACAGCUACUGUAGGGCAGGCCAGUGUUUGAGCAAGACUGAGGCUGCCAAAUAUGAGACUACCGUCAAUGGUGGAUGGGGAUCAUGGGGAUCUUGGGGAGACUGUUCACGUACCUGUGGAGGAGGUGUGCAAUACUCUUUUAGGGACUGUGUCAAUCCCCGACCCAAAAAUGGAGGCAAAUACUGUGAGGGCAAGAGAAUUCAGUACCGCUCCUGCAACACAGAGACCUGCCCUGAUUGCAAUGGUUUGACCUUCCGUGAGGAGCAGUGUUUGGCACACAAUGACCUCUCCUCUCAGGUGUCACUGGGCUCAGGUGAGGGUGUUGAGUGGGUGCCAAAGUACGCUGGGGUUUCUCCUAAGGAUCGCUGCAAGUUGGUGUGCCGAGCAAAGGGAACGGGCUACUUCUUCAUUCUGAAGCCAAAGGUGGCUGAUGGGACACCAUGCACUCCAGAUUCCACUUCAGUCUGUGUCCAAGGACAGUGUGUGAAGGCUGGAUGCGACAGGGUCAUCGGAUCCAACCAACGAUUCGACAAAUGUGGCAUCUGUGGAGGAGAUGGAUCAACUUGCAAGAAAGUUUCCGGAUCAAUGGAACGUGCUAGACCGGGCUACCAGGAUGUGGUGACGAUUCCAGCUGGUGCCACAAACCUAGAUGUCAAGCAGCGAUCUUAUGGAGGCCGUCACCAAGACAACAGCUACCUAGCAGUCCGCCGGCAAGAUGGCUCCUACCUACUGAACGGCGACUAUAAGUUGACCACUUUAGAGACUGAUAUCUCUGUGAAAGGUGCUCUGCUGCGGUACAGCGGCUCAUCUGUUCUUCUGGAGCGCCUGAGAAGCUUUGCUCCCUUACCCGAGCCUUUAACCAUCCAGGUGUUGUCAGUCGGUGAAUCCCCCAGACCUCGUGUCAAAUAUAGCUACUUUGCUCCACGUCCCAAUGGCUCAAACCGGCCGUCUAUUAACGCAAUUAGUAAAGCUGUAGAUGCUGAAUGGUUCUUAGGUGAGUGGGGACCUUGUUCGAAAACCUGCGGUGGUGGAAUCCAGACUCGGGAUGUUAUGUGCCUUAAUUCUAACCGUCGUCCAUCUAAAGACUGUGUUGAUGAGUUGCGCCCCACAUCAUCUCGGCAAUGUGCUUUGCAGGAUUGCCCAUCCUGGUUCUUAGGUGAGUGGGGACUUUGUUCAAAAACCUGCGGUGGUGGGAUCCAGAAGCAAGAUGUUGUGUGCCUUGAUUCUAAUCGUCUUCCAUCUGAAGACUGUGUUGAUGAGUUGCGCCCUGCAUCAUCUCGGCGAUGUGCUUUGCAGGAUUGCCCAUCCUGGUUCUUAGGUGAGUGGGGACCUUGUUCAAAAACCUGCGGUGGUGGGAUCCAGACUCGGGAUGUUGUGUGCCGUGAUUCUAAUCGUCGUCCAUCUAAAGACUGUGUUGAUGAGUUGCGCCCUACUUCAUCUCGGCAAUGUGCUUUGCAGGAUUGCCCAUCCUGGUUCUUUGGUGAGUGGGGACCUUGUUCAAAAACCUGCGGUGGUGGGAUCCAGACUCAGGAUGUUAUGUGCCUUGAUUCUAACCGUCGUCCAUCUAAAGACUGUGUUGAUGAGUUGCGCCCUGCAUCAUCUCGGCAAUGUGCUUUGCAGGAUUGCCCAUUAUGGCAGCUGGGGAACUGGUCUGAAUGUUCCAGAACAUGCGGUAGAGGCUUUCGCAAGCGUACACUUAGCUGCAUUGCACAUGAUGGUCACAUUUUACCUCAUAAUAGCUGCAAUGCAACAGAUCGACCACGACCCCUUCUGAAUUUGUGCAAUCUGACUCCCUGUUGAAAACCGAGGGUUUAAAAACCUUGCAAGUUAUAUCUGGUGCCAACCAAUACACAGGUUCUUGGAUUCAAAGGGCUCCUUAUGACUGAGACUGCAACCAAACUUCUUUGGGUUUCAUCUAACACUGGGUACAGGGCACAAGGCUGGCACACUGUGUACCUGUCUGUGAUGGAGGAUGAGGACAUGCUGCUUUGGAUGCUGCGUGUUAUUUUUCAACAUGCAUGGGUGUGUGUGGUGGACGAUUAUUGAAACAGCUAUGCAUUUAUGUACUGUCUGAGCAGGACUAGACAGACAGCCUUUUUUAUUAUACAAUAGCAUAUAGGAGUAUUGUUUUGCCAGGGUCGACAGCAGUACUGAUUUUCCUAGAGUGCCCUCUAGUGGUUCUCCAUUUAAACGUUGCAAACUCUGGCUUUGAGCACAUAUUUAACACGUCUUUUUCUUGCCAAAAUCAGUGCCAAUCUCACCUCAGCUAGGCACACAUGCUGCUAAUCAAACACCACAACAGGUAUUAUGCAAUUUCCUCAUAGAUCAGCUUAACUAGCUUUACGUUUAGCUUCCUAGUUUGAUCAUUUCACCGUUCUGCAAAGCCAUACCUGAUCAAGAGGGAUCGUGUUUUUAAGGGGGAGGGAACGCAAAGGGCAUAGUUUCUACUACAUCUGAGGAGAGAGUGUGUUUACUUGUUUAUGUAUGUGUGUGAUUGUGUGUAGAGAGAUACGGCGAGGGAUUCGCUCCUGCUACUACUUCAUAAGUAAUCCUCUCCUGCCUUCUGAGAAGGUUUUGUAAUGAGAUCUUUGUUAUUUUUUGCUUUUCUUUCUUUUUGUACAGAAUAUCCAAAGGUUAUUUAUUUUUGUACAGCCCGUUUAAUAUAAUCUUGUUGCCUUUUUUUAUAAUUAUUGUAUUUCUGUUUGUUAUUAUUAUUAUUGAAAUAACUGAAGGAUGUAGAUUAUAUUAGAGUAUUUAUACAACAUCUAUGAUCUUAGGUUUAUGAAUAAAGUAUCACAUUGAUUUGUGGAA